AUGUUCAAGCUGUUCGUAUUCCUCACCUUCUGUCUGGCUUUGAGCUGUGCCGCUCCAGGUUACCUGCACUCCUCGCCCAUCCUGACCAGCUCCUACCACAGUCUGCCCUCGGUGCGCGUGGUCCAGCCCAUUUGGACCACCUCGCACAGCGUUGUGCAUCCCAUCAGCUACGGGGGAUACGGCCAUGGCCGUGGACUUGGAUAUGGCUGGAUCUAG